AUGUCGUGUCGUUCACAGCUCCUCCGUGCCUUGAGAGGAUCCGCCUCCAGCUCCGGUGGCCGGAGGACUGUUUCUUUAAGGACCAACAUCCUCGAGAGAAGCCUUGCUCACUCAAAGACGCCCGCCCGAUGCAUCGCGACUACAGCCCCGAGGCUCCUCUCCCAGACUCGGGUACAGCAAAGCAAGCUGACAUCCGAGACGUACCCGCAGCUCGAGCGUGACGCCCGGUUCGCCCAGGUGACCCCCGAGCACGUUGCGAGGUUCCGUGAGAUCUUGGGUGACAACCCCUCGGCCAUUAUUGACGGAAUCACGGGCGGCGGAGCGGGCGUCGAUGCGGCCGACUUUGAAACGUAUAAUGAGGACUGGAUGCACAAGUACAAGGGCCAGUCGAAGUUGGUGCUACGUCCAGGCACCACUGACGAGGUUAGCGGCAUCCUCAAAUACUGCAAUGAACAGCAUUUGGCCGUGGUACCCCAGGGAGGAAACACAGGCCUUGUGGGAGGCUCCAUUCCCGUUUUCGACGAGAUCGUCAUUAGCAUGGCUCGCAUGAACGAGAUUCGUUCUUUCGACGAAGUCAGUGGUUCACUUGUUAUUGACGCCGGCUGUGUGCUCGAGACUGUCGACUCAUACCUUGCCCAAAAGGGUUAUAUCUUUCCUCUCGACCUCGGCGCCAAGGGCUCGUGCCACGUCGGCGGAAACGUCGCCACAAAUGCUGGCGGUCUGCGAUUGCUCCGUUAUGGGAGCUUACAUGGCACCGUCCUCGGUGUUGAGGCUGUUCUGCCUAAUGGUACCGUCAUCAAUGACCUGUGUACCCUGCGAAAGAACAACACCGGCUACGAUGUGAAGCAGCUCUUCAUUGGUGCAGAGGGAACUUUGGGGAUUAUCACGAAGAUCGCUAUUCAAUGUCCUCAGCGAUCUCCCGCUGUCAACGUUGCUGUGUUUGGCAUAGAGUCGUAUGAUAAAGCUCAACUUGCCUUCCGUGAGGCUAAGAAGCAGCUAUCAGAAAUUCUAUCUGCAUUUGAGCUAAUGGACGGCCGCAGCCAGAGAAUCGUGUCAGAGGUUAAGGGUCAGGAGCAUCCCCUCGAGGGAGAAUACCCUUUCUACUGCCUGAUUGAGACGAGCGGUUCCAACGGCGAGCAUGACUACGCAAAACUAGAGACUUUCCUGGAGGAUGUCAUGACCCGAGAAGUCAUUGCCGAUGGUGUCGUCGCUCAGGACGAGACGCAGCUUCGCAACCUGUGGGGCUGGCGUGAGGGCAUCACCGAGUGCCUUGGACAUUGGGGCGGCACCUACAAGUACGAUAUCUCUAUUCCCCUCGACGAGAUGUAUACCAUUGUUGAAGAUACCAAGGCUCGUCUGAUCGAUCUGGGUCUUCUGGGUGACACGUGUGACCACCCGGUUGUUGACGUACUUGGCUAUGGCCAUAUGGGUGAUUCCAAUCUGCACCUCAACAUUCCGGUGCGUCGUUACGAUCCUGCAGUUGAGAAGGCCCUGGAGCCUUGGGUAUACGAAUGGAUUCAGAAGCGUAGUGGUAGUAUCAGUGCUGAGCAUGGGUUGGGAAUUGCGAAAAAGAAGUUUAUCGGCUACAGCCGAGACGACACAACGAUUGGCCUGAUGAAGCAGAUUAAGAAUCUCUUUGAUCCCGUGAGUUUGCUCCCCUCGCCCCGUCCACCUUUCAAGCUUGGGUGA